GACCCUCACUUGUAAACGAAACGAAACGACGCCAUUCGUGGUCGCGUAACUCGAGCAAACGCGUCUUCCGAGACCGUCGACUAAUUGAAGUGCAUAAGUGCUCGCUCUCACGCAACCUCCAACACACCCUCAUAACUGUACCAUGCGCUCAACCCAUGCCUUCUUGUAUGUUGCAGCCAGCGACAAUGCUUCAAUCCGUUCCGCCUUCAAAGCUCCAGCUACCUUCCAAACGCAAGCGGGACUCGAUUUGCGGCCUCGGAGGCCAUACCCAACCUUUUACCAUUAAGCCCUGCUCCGAAACGCACGACGACGAACCACAUGCAUUCAAGCCCGUCCGCGUUAUUGGCCGUUCACAACUUCCGUUGUCUUUCCUAGACACACAUACGGACGAGACGUUGCCCUCUAGCCGCCUAUUCUCCGCGCAACUCCCUGUACUGGAGACUCGCAAUGAAAUGCAACCGAAGGCUAACCAGGUCCCGAGGGUACUUAUUGCACGACACGAAAAGAAACAUACGCUAUACGCAAUAGAGCGAGUUCAAGCAUGUGUUUACACUCUCUGCAGACUCGCCCCUUGGUUGAAAGAGAAGGAUGUUGCCGAAUUAUGGGCCCCGGAACACCUGACAGCAUACCCACGAUUUGCUACGUCGAGUUUCGAUUCCGUUUCUCAAAAGGAAUGGUGGAGACCCACAGUGGUGGAUAUUCAGCCAGCAGAAAAACCGGCUAAACGUAUCAAAACAACUAUGCUACGGCCACGGAAGGAGCCAAAAGCCAACCAGAAGGAACCCGAGAUUGCACAUACGGAUAUAGGAAGUGUCAAAGUUGUGAACGCACAAUCGAUACGAUCCAACCCCGACCCUGUUUCGUUACCAACGGAAACACCUGCUCAGAUCUCGCCCCAGGAACACCUAGAGAGCUUUGCCGAGCAAUACCUCAAUGCCAUAUACAUGUCUAGAACAUCGCUUGCAUACUUCGCCAAAGGCCCGGUAAACAGGAUACGGAAUGUUUUUACUUCAUCUAUGGAGGACGCGCCUCAAACAUGUGAACUGAUCACGUUCCUCCGAGCGAUGUUGCUCAGUCGUAAACUCGAGGAGAAGAAGUACACAGAGAAAUUACCCGGGAUCAUUCGGGAGAUACCGCCUGGGUGCUUUUCGGAUGACGAUCUAUUGGACGCAGCUGCGGAACGCAAGCUAUCGCGAAAAAAAAAGAAGAAGGUCAAACUCAAUCGCGAAGGUAUAUAUCCACAAGAGUCUGAUAUUGUCAAACGAUGGUGGGUGUCGGAAAAUUCCAAUGGGGAAGUUCGCGGGGAAGAAACUCUGGAUCAACGCAUCAAGCGACGUCUUGCAGAACUACGUGUUCGUGAGGCGCUGGCUCAAAUGAUAUUGAUGCUUGAAAUCGUUGCCCUCGAAGCACUUUCGACGUCUAAGACAAAGCAAGAGGAAGUGACUACCAAAGCAGACGGUCAGAGCCAAGAAGAGGCUCAGCAUCAGCCACCAAAGCGCAGGAAGAAGCUCGACGACAUCAACUUACGGCUAGAUCUUUUGUUAGACAAGCUGUGCAUUUGGCAGUCUAUUGAGAAAGACGGUAUUCUGGACUUUGAUGCAACUGCAGCAAAUCAAGAGACUGGCAUGCACAACGGGAAUGAUCGCUUACAAAGUUUCUGCGUCGAAGUCAUUGUGCCUUUUUAUACCAACAGGCUUCCCGAGCAAGCGCGGACUGUAAACAAGAAGCUGGGCGGUCCAGUAGCCUCCUCGCCGCCUAAACGCAAGUCAAUGAAACCUCCAACUAUGUUGUCAAAUAUGGGCGGAUCUCAAGAACCGGAUGCCAAAAGGCCACGGCGCUCUUUGGCAAGAGUGGCGACCGACACUGUCCGACGAACUGGUGAACGACGCUCUAUAUCUUUGAGUAGAUCGACAACAGAUUCCGCUCUGUUCAGAGGUAUCAAACGCGAGGGGAGUGAGGUAUCUCUGUCCGCAAUUCCUCUCGAAAGGAGCCCAUCACAGGCUGCAAGGCGCUCCAUGUCCCAAUUCAGGCAUUUGAAGGGACGCGAGAUCGACCUCGAAACAACCAGUGCUGCAGUUGCAGCUAAGCUUCGACAGAAGAAGAGAGUGGAAGAGGAUCUAAAAGAAGCUAUUACAGCGUUGAAAAAGCCCAAUCGUGGUCUGGUCGCCGGUAGCUAUGUGGAUGAGAAUGAGAAGCGUGGCUUAGGGUUUGCUAGCAAGUCUAGGAAACCAUCGACCACUGUACGAAAGAUUAUCAAAGACGUUCAAGUUUCAGCCACCCCUAGAGCUACCCGGAGAGCGCCAGACAUUGUUGAGCAAACCCCAGUUCACAAUCGCAAUCUGUUUUCACAAACUAGGGGCAAUGGCGUGCCGGCCUCGAGCGACUUCUGCAUACCAUCUUCUGGCGCGCGCCCUUCAUCUUCGGUAGUGCCAGCGACGGUCCAGCGAAGUUCAACGGCCCGCGUGCUACCGGGGGUAUCCGUUGCCGAUACACCAUCCAGACCUGCAGGUAGCAAAACGCUGUUCGUCAAAUCGUCUGCAGAGAGCACUAUCUUUGCUACUCCAGCCAAACGAAGAGCAUUAUCCCCUGAUUCUCCAACCCAGUUUCCGGAUGCAACACCGACCAAGAUGGUGGCUACUUCGCAAUCAAGUAUCUCGAGUGACAGAACAUCCCGCACAUUAUUUGCAACGUUCACGAAAUGCGCACCAAAGAACAUGGCAAAGCCACCCAUGAUAGAGCCAGCACCUGAUGCAGCAGCGGAGAGUCAAGAUGGCAACGUCGGCGAAGAGGUCGAUAUCUACGACGCCCUCGGUUGGAACGAUGAUGAUGACAUUAUAUGA